AUGGAAUCAAAACUUAACUUUAUAUUUAAAUCGACAUCUCUUCAUGGAUUCAAGCACAUGUCACUGAAUAAAGACACAAAAUUAUGGAAGAAAUGCUUUGCAAGAACAUUUUGGACAACAUUUAUUGCACUCUCAGUUGGGUUUAUGAUUCAUAUCCUAAGGACAUCACUAGGAAGUCUGAACUCGACAUCGAUAAACUUAGACAUAAACUACCGCGACUGGGUUAAUGCAUUUCCAGGCAUUUCAAUUUGUUUGAAUAAAGGAUUGGCAACGACUCCAAUCAAAAAGUAUUUACAGAAUGUGACAAGUGGGUCAGUUCCGUUGUCGAUUGUCAGGACUUAUCAAAGCUUGCUGUUCCUGAAUCGAUUCAAUCCAAGUGAAGGCAUAAAGAUUGAAGAUUUUGUGGACUUUAACAAGAUCCACACAGUCAACAUUACAUCAUUAAAGGAAAGCUUCUUGCCGCAGUCGUGCAAUGACUUUAUGAAAUCUGUAAAGUUCUUAGGGAAGCAAAUUCCAUGCGACAAAGCAUUUGUCAAGCACGAGACAGAAAUUGGAACUUGUUUUAUUGCCAAUGGCAUGCGAGACAACCUUGAAGACUAUCAAGGACUUCCAUUGACAUACAAGAACAAUCAGCCUGUUGAACGUUCCUUAGUUAUCAAGUACAUUGAAAGUAAGUUCUGGUCCUAUAAACUCUACACUCAUCCACCAGAAGAACGACCUAAUGAAAUGAUGGAACCAAUUGUACUUAGGAAGUCAGAGACACAAACAUUUAUUGGACUUAAAACCAUUGAAAUUCUCAACGAUGAGAAUAUUAAGCACGAAAGUAUUGCAGCACGCAAUUGUCGGUAUCCUUUUGAAAAGUUUGAGGACUUUGACAUGCCAUACAGUCUCGCUAAUUGCGUGCACCUGAAAAAGAUGAAAUUAGAGUUGAAUGAGUGUGGAUGUACAUUGCCAAUUGGUGACUUGGAACUGCUGAAAAGAAAAAAGAUCAAUUUGUGUGAUGUUGAGAAGUUCAAGUGCAUUGAGGAAUUCACUAAGGUUCUGAAGCUAAAUUUUAAGAAGCAUAUUGAAGAAUGUCUCAUUCCAUCCUGCCCGUCUAUGGAAAUCACAAAAAUUGCAGAAUAUUCUGAAAAAGUUGAUAAUGAACCAGUUGGGGUAUUGAAGAUUGAAAUUAUGGCUAAGCCUAGUUUGCGACAGCGACGUAGCAACUGUAAAAUGACCAAGAACUUAUCCAUAACAUCAAAUCCACAAGAACCUUAUCCAAGUACAUACACAAACAUUGCAGAAUAA